GGAUGGAUUGUCAUCCAGCAAAGAAUUGAUGGAUCGCAAAGUUUCACUCAGAAUUGGGCAAAAUAUAAAUCCGGAUUUGGAACUUACAACAAAAACUUCUGGUUAGGCUUGGAGAAGAUGCAUCAAUUAACGACAUCGGCUGAUUACAGGUUAAGAUUUGAAGUACUCGUCAGUGGUAAAUGGUACUCCGAUGAGUAUGAUCAUUUCAAAGUUUGCACAGAAUUUCAAAAAUACUUUCUCAACGUUUCUGGAUACAGAGGAGAUAAAUGUGAUAUUCUGAACCAUCCGAAUCCAUUGUACGUUCAUAAUGGAAUGAAGUUUUCUUCGCCAGAUCAAGACAACGAUCUUUUCUCAGCAUACCACUGCGCGUUUCAGUAUUCAUCUGGAAGUUGGUACAACAGUUGUUACUACCAGCGUUUGAAUGGAGUUUAUGGUUCAUCGUUUGAUUAC